GAAGUUCAUUCUCACCUUUUGCUAAAGGCCACCGAAUCGUCGAAAAGAACAGGAAAACCAUUGAAGCUUGAUUGAGUGUGAAUAAUAUGAACUGUGACGACGGACGCGGCUAAUCGAUUGCCACAUUUUGAAACACAGCAGGCACGGAAAUUACUGCCCUGGGCCGAGAAGGUGGAAAAGAGCGGAAAAGUGCCACGACGAGACGUCGUCGGUGAAAAACGGGAAAAACUCUGCGAUAAUCGGCACAAAAACUUCUAGGAGCGGUGUCUGGCUGCGGAAUGGAAGUCGGACGAGGUGUUGGAUCAAUAGUUUGGCCAGUGGCUUUGGCUGUGGCUCUGCUGUGCGCCCUGCCCCUACAAGUGCUGGCGCGGAAACAUCAUCUGGAAGUUCGCAAUGACGAACGUCCGUACAUAGCCCUGAGUACCUUUGGGUUCUAUACCAACGGCCAUCUAGACGUGCAGCUCAGCAAGCUGGCCAUAGACGAUGAAAAAAGCACGGAUCUGUUUGGCUUAUCCCUGGAUAAGACCACCAUCGAUCAGUUGAAUCCAUAUGUGGACUCUCACCAGAACAAGUGCAUCCUGGAGGAGGCCGUAUCGAAGCAAACCAGUGGGCCCAUACUCUUCUUUGUUUUGGAUCUAAAGGAGCUGAAGGUUCGAGUGAAAUGUUCGCCAGAGUGGUCAAAUAUGCACAUAUACAAUAACAUUGUUGGAAGGACUAAAAGAAACUCACGACUGGUCAAGGUUAGUGACUCAGUCUUGUUUCGUCAAAGUCGACAGGCUCCGCAGGCUGAUAUGGCCGAGAUUCCGGAUGAGUCUGUGGAGGAUCCCCUGGACUUUGAGCCCAAGGAUCCGAUGGAUUUAAAACUUUCCUCGCCGUCGGUUCCAAUUGCGGUGGCUGGAAAAAUCGAGGUGCCCAAAGAUGACACGGCUGCCAUGGAUGAUGGGUCCAAAGAGAAGGUUGCGGAGGUAGCUGCCCCCAAAGUGGAGAACUCUGCAAAGCCCCAAGCGUCUUCUGGCAACCAGAGUGAGGAUUCUGUCAAACAAGCAUCGGCAGGAGUCCCCCAAGAUGUGCCUGCUAUCCCUAAGAAGGAGUCACCUGCUAAAGAAGUGCCAGCGCCAGCCAAUGAAUCUGUGAAGGUAUCACCACCAAUCUCUCCAGAAGCAUCUGCUCCGGUAAAAAUUCCAGCCGUCCCUGAAGCCCCAGUUGAUGCAGGAAACUCUCCUGCUGCACCUGCCCAUCCGGAAGCUCCUGCUGAAUUAGACCCUGGUCCGCAAAGCGAGGAAUCUGAUUCAGAUGGUAUACCAGAUCAAUCGGCCCCAGUGAAUCCCUUACCCCAAGACCCCACGGAUGAGCUGUACGGUGUUGGCUCCUAUAAGCCCUCGUCGGAGAACCUGUGCAGGGAUUCCGUAAUGCCCUUGGGCAAGGAGACCAUCCAGGGGGUGAAUUACUACAGCUUUAACUUUUCCAUGCUGGUGGCCACGCAGCGCGAUGAGGGUCUGUACAAUGUGUACUUCCAUGCCUGCCCGAACUACUACCCGCACACUAAGAUUGUGUCCUUUAAUGUGGACAUCGAGGAGAACAACAAUGGCAACUAUUUGUCGGCUGGCGAGAUGCCUUUGCCCGCUUUAUACUUCCUGAUGAGCUUGCUGUUCUUUUUCUCUGGCCUAUUCUGGGUUUUUAUUUUGAAAAAGAGCAAGCACACCGUUUACAAGAUCCAUUACUUAAUGGCCGUACUGGUCUUCUUGAAGUCCCUGUCGCUGAUGUUUCAUUCCAUCAAUUACCACUUUAUCGAGAAACGGGGCGAGCACGUAGAAACAUGGGCCAUACUCUACUAUAUUGCGCACCUGCUAAAGGGCGCCGUGCUCUUUAUCACCAUUGUGCUGAUUGGAACCGGCUGGACAUUCAUCAAGCACAUUCUAUCGGACAAGGAUAAGAAGAUCUUUAUGAUUGUCAUUCCCCUGCAGGUUCUGGCAAACGUGGCCCAGAUCAUCACCGACGAGUCGGACCAAAGUGACGCCGAGUUCCGUACCUGGCACAACAUCUUCUUCUUUGUGGACCUGCUGUGUUGUGGCGCCAUCCUGUUCCCCAUCGUAUGGUCGAUUCGGCAUCUGCACGAGGCCUCCGCCACCGACGGCAAAGCGGCCAUCAAUUUGCGCAAGAUGAAACUAUUUCGGCAGUUCUACAUCAUGAUUCUCUGCUACAUCUACUUCACCCGCAUCAUAGUCGACCUGCUGCAGAUGACGGUGGUGUUCCAAUACGCCUGGCUAGACGAGAUGUUCCGCGAGAUGACCACCUACGUUUUCUUUGUGCUUACUGGCUACAAGUUCCGGCCGGUCUCCUCACAUCCAUACUUCACGGUGCCCGACGAGGAUGAGGACGACGACGAGGUGGAAGUGCUGACCGAGUCUGGGCUCACAGAGACAGUUCACCGGGUAAAGCCGCUGAAUCGGAAUAGUCAUGUUGCUGGUGGCAUCACCAUCAUUGAGGGAAAUGACGAUGAACGCGAGAAUCUGAUUGCAAAGCGGGAAUCCAGUCACGAGUACGAUUAGAGAUGCCAUGCCACACGCUACGCCACUCCAAAACACACCACACUCUACACUCUAGACUCUAGACAUAUUCCCUGCAUUAGUCCGUAGCCUUUAAUCUGUAAUCCUCGGGGUCUCAUGUAACGGCUCAUACGUCCACUGAGCCAUCCAGCAGUUAUUAUCCAGAAUCCUCUUCGACGAUCCAAUGUGUAAACACAAUCUCACCAGGUGAUCCUGGCAUUCCCCGCCAGGCAAGGAACACUUGUAAAUAAAAUACUUAAUGACCUUGCUGCUGCUUGUGACCGACCUCUGACCCCUUAUUUGGUUUAAGAUACGCAUAGAAAUAUACACAAUUAUGUAAUUAAGUAUAAUUUUAUGAAUAUAACAAAGCUUUAAUAUGUA